GAACCGUCAAAACAUAAACAGAGCAGUCAACCUUGUGUGAACGCAGCUAGUUUGCAUUAAGUCUGUCUUCUGCAAAAAGCUUUAUGCACGCAUACCUGAUGUCGUGUGUUCACCGCCAGAGAAUCCCUAGUCGAGGCACUUAGCUCAACUGCUGAGCGGUGAGGUGGAGAAAAUAAAUCUGCAAUAAAGAUUAGGACUAAACUAAGAAGUACGCCUCGUCGGGCCUUCAAAUAGAGGUUCUCCCUCGGGUCGACGCAGGACAAAGGAGACAGAAUGGCUGAGGCUAACGGCAAAUCCACCGUGCUUAACGGUGGCUUGGACGAAAAAGAGCCAGGAGAAGAUCAACACAAGGAGGAAGAUGCGUCUGGAAGCAGAGAGGGACAAACACAGUCUUCCUCUGAAGAUGCUCCCAAAGAAACCGGAGAGGCGUCUGGAGACAAGCCUAUGCCAGAUGUGGAAGGAGAGACCGGGGCAAACAAAGAGGAAGAGGAGGAAGAAGACACAGACAGCAUGGAUGGCAGCGGCCUUUACUCCCUGACGGAGGAUGGCGAAAGAGAGAGUGAGGGAGGCAGACGGGAGAGAGGGAAAGAUAAAGAUGGAGGGAAAAGGGCGGCUAGGAAGAGGAAUAGACCCGGCGGCACCAAUCACUCCACCAGCUCAGAUGACGAUGACGAUGAGGACGAAGAAGAAGAACAGAAAGAUGAUGAGGACGACGAUGAGGCCAUGGAGGCGUGGCUGGGAGCAGAGCUCCGCGACCUGCGCGGCCCUGUAUGGCGGGCCGUGCCCUCGCUGCGCUCCAGGGAGAUCGGCAGGGACUCGCACCAGUUUGUGAGGCGCGUGUGUGGGGCCCGCGGCCUCGUGCAGAGGCUGGAGCUCCAGGGCCGACUGGAGAGGCACACGGGCUGCGUCAACACGUUGCACUUCAACCCCUCGGGCACACGCCUGGCUUCGGGCAGCGAUGACCUGAGGGUGGUGAUCUGGGACUGGGCUAUCCGCCGCGCCGAGCUGGAGUUUGACAGCGGCCACAAGAGCAAUGUCUUUCAGGCAAAGUUCCUGCCUCACAGUGGAGACUCCACCUUGGCCAUGUGUGCCCGAGAUGGUCAGAUCCGAGUGGCGGAGCUCUCUGCCACGCAGUGCUGCAAGAACACCAAGCGGGUAGCACAGCACAAAGGGGCAGCGCACAAGCUGGCCCUCGAGCCUGAUUCCCCCUGCUCCUUCCUGUCCGCUGGAGAGGACGCCGUGGUGUUUGGUAUUGACCUGCGUCUAGACCGUCCCGCCAAUAAACUGGUGGUUGUAAAGGAGGGCGAUAAAAAAGUAGGGCUGUACACCAUCUUCGUCAACCCAGCAAAGACACAACACUUUGCUGUGGGCGGGAGAGAUCAGUACGUGAGGAUCUAUGACCAGAGGAAGAUCAAUGAGAAUGAUAACAAUGGUGUGCUGAAAAAGUUUUGCCCUUCGCAUCUGGUAUCCAGCGAGUCCAAAACCAACAUAACCUGCCUUGUGUAUAGUCACGACGGCACAGAGCUCCUGGCCAGUUACAAUGACGAGGACAUCUACCUGUUUGACUCCAACCACAGCGAUGGGGCUGACUAUCGCAGGAGAUACAAGGGUCAUCGCAAUAAUGCUACAGUGAAGGGGGUGAACUUCUAUGGGCCCUGCAGUGAGUUUGUGGUCAGCGGCAGUGACUGCGGACACAUCUACCUGUGGGACAAGUACUCCGCUCGCAUCGUCCAGUUUAUGGAGGGAGACAGAGGAGGAGUGGUGAACUGUUUGGAGCCGCAUCCACAUCUGCCAGGUAUGGCCACCAGUGGGCUAGACCACGAUAUCAAACUGUGGGCCCCCACAGCUGAAAGCCCCACAGGACUAAAGGGCCUAAAAGAGGUGAUGAAGAAAAACAAGCGGGAGCGCGAUGAGGACAGCGUGCGCCACGGUGACCAGUACGACACCCAGCUCCUGUGGUUCCUGAUGAGACACAUGAGGAACAGACGACCACCGAGGGCCCGCCGUGAGGGUGCAGAGCCAGACACAGAUGAGUCCUGGAGCUCUCCAGAUUCCUCUGAUGAAGAGGAAGGAGGUCCAGACCACGUUCAGUGCAUGUCCUCCUGAGCCACACACACACUUAGACACACACACACAAACACACAUACACAUACAUACAUACACACUUUAUUGCCCUUGAAUUGAUGCACAUAGGCAAGCACUAUUGACACACUGGCACACUCAAACACUGACGAGCCACAGACUUUGGUUUUUGUUUUGUUUUGUUUUUUUUACACACAUACAAACUCAAACAGAUAAACACACACAUUUACUUUAACAUAGUUUUGAAGCAGAGUGACACAGAUGCUUAACGCCUGGUUUCCCAGCAGUUGUGAGUAUGUGAAUGGCGACUACAGACUGCAUACACACUUCCAGAAUCCUGAUUUUUGAGAAUUGUACAAAGAGGUUUAGUGAGUGCUUACAUCCCUAUAAACCACUUGGAGGCCCCUGCUUGUCCAUACAUUAUCUAUAUGCUCUGCCCGGCCCCAGAACAAUGUGGUGUGCAUGUAUGGCAACAAGCAUCUCCUCUUUAGGCGCCCUGUAGGAAGCUAUUCAUCACCAGCACACAACUCCCCCCUCUCUCGUAGGAACACACUUCUUGCUCUCGGGCUCUCUGUGCUGAUGAAAGAGGUGUGGCUUAGAACGGUACCCUCAAACUGUCCCCUAAAUGUGAUUUCCCUCAAAAUUUGAACAUGUGGAGGGGAAACCAUAGUGCCCCCCAGUGUAUCGCCCCAGUCUCAUACUGAUUUCUGGCCUGAGCUUGUGAAGCUAGUUACCCCCCCCCCCCCACACACACACACACGGUUUCUCUCUGAGGACUACUAAAAUCCCUACAUGCUGCAUCACCCUACUUGCUGCCCUCAGCUACUCCCUCCCCUCAUCUUUCCAUCGCCCUCCCCCUCACUACUGAGUGCACUUUGAAUCAGGGAUGCUUUAGUUUGAGACGAAGACAAAACGUGCACUGAGUGUGUGUGAUUGUGGGGGAAGAGCUUUUGUCUCGUCUUGUUAUCUCCUCGGAAAACCCACAGUGAAGUUUAGUUUCUCCAAUUUUUUGAGUGCGGGGGUAUUUUGCACUUAAGCGUUUUUUUGACAAAGGAAGAGGCUUCUUUUGCUUCCACUGGCCUUCCCUCCUCUUCCUCCCUCACUCUUCACCCUGACGCCCAUCUUUGACAGGAACUCUUCACUUCACCUCUCUUGUUGAACAUGAAAACACAGAAGUAGGUGGUGUUCAGCAUGUGCAUAGGAUAUAAGGACUGAUGUUGGGCUCUGUUGGGGAACUGUAGUUUUAAAGAGCCAGACCCGACCUGGAUCAAACUAUAAUUGAAAGACUGCCUGUGUGCCAAUCGAGAUUGGACUAAUAAAGGACUCCACUUGUCCACGUGGUUCCUUCAAAUCCUUCCGUGAUGCGAACAGUCUCAAAUCAUUUGCUGAGCAACAUGUUUCAGUUCAUUUGAACCAGGUCGCAUGUUUGCAGCCAGAUCACCACUUGCGAGGAAUUUUCUGUCUGUGCUGUAUUAACAUUGGCUCAAAGAGGAGGACAGAGGGAGCGGUAGGGUCAAUAUGCUUGCCAGUCAUUUGUUGUGUGAGAGCGAUAAAGUCCAGCUUUUCUCAUUUUCUAUGAGAACUCUAGUUAGUUGAAUUUAUAUGUACAUAUAUAAAUAUAUAUUAAAACUGUAAAAAAAAAAAAAAUCAACUUUAGCAAAUGCUAUUUGACUUCAAAAAAAAAGAUGUUAAAACAUUUGAUUGGUAUUGAUGCAGAGGUUUAUAUUCUAUAUGAGGACAAAGUACUUUUAAAAUCCAGAGAAAAAAAAUGACUUGAGGCACCAUUUUUGCUGUUUUUCCUUUGAUGAAUGACAUCGGUCUGUUGUGAACAGAACUGCCGUCAUUUCAAGUAUCAAAGUUUUGUUUGUCUUUCUUGUUCAGGAAAAAAAAAACAGUAUUUCCUUUCUAGAUCUAAAUCCAUCAUUUGAAACAGUUAUAUCCAGAUUUUCCCACUGGCUAUUUUUGCCAUCUUGUAUACAUAAUGAGGCUUUUGAUGAACAAUUUCUUUUCCACCACUGCCUAAUGUUGCGUUCUACCAGGUCAGUUGGAAAUAUGUACGAUUCGUGCAAUAAACAGAAACAGUGCUCUUGA